ACCUACUUAAGGAAACAGGAACCACUCGGGGCAGAGUGCCCCGCCCUGCUGACGUGCAGACCCUAAACCGAAACCCAAGGCUCCUGUAGUUGACGAGGCACAGCCAGCGUGAGGGCUUUGGGCCCCACAGGGUCUCCCAGGUACGUGCCUAUUUCUGUGCCCACCCCGUGCUAGGUGAGACACACAUGGGAACCAGGCUGGACCAGAAGGAGAGCCAGAGCUGGCGGGGUCCAGAGAGGCAGGACGAACCUUCUGGGGGCACUGGUCAGCCCUCACCCCUGGAAGCCAUGACUGAGGCCAGAAGGCUGCCCCCACCACUGCCUCCACGACUGGACUGGUUCGUGCAGACACAGGUGGACCAGCUGACCUGUGAAGGGGUCCCUGAGUGGUUCCACGGUGCCAUCUCAAGAGAGGAUGCUGAGAACUUGCUGGAGUCACAGCCCCCGGGAUCCUUCCUCAUCAGGGUCAGUCACAGUCAUGUGGGCUACACACUCUCUUACAAAGCUCAGAACUGCUGCCACCACUUCAUGGUGAAACUGCUGGAUGACGGGAGCUUCAUGAUCCCUGGGGAAGAGAGGGUCCAUGACUCUCUAGAUGCUUUGGUCACCUUCUAUCAGCAGAAGCCGCUGCGGCCACAUGGGGACCUGCUGAUGCAGCCCUGCCCACAGAAGGAUCCAGUAAACGUGGAUUAUGAAGAUCUCUUCCUUUACUCCAACGCCCUGGCAGAGGAAGCCUCCAGCUCUGCUCUUGGCUUCAGCGAACAUCAGAUUCCCUCCUCUUAUCCCAUGGCCCCGCUCAAGGAGGGCUCUGCAAAGCCAGGCCUGCUCCAUCGGUCAAAGGAAAGGAAGCUGUCACCAAGGCUGGAAGGUGCAUCCAUGGAGGGUCCCCUCGAGGAGGCCUGUCAGAAACUCUGGAGGAAUCUCAGGAUGCUCCCCAAGACGGGCAGGAAGGUCCAGCAGCAGCUGAAAUCCCACCUGGGGGCUUUGAGCUCAUCGUCAGUGACUGGUGGCUCAGAAACUGGGACAGGUGACACAGCCUGGGAAAAUAACGUCGACAAGGACCCCUUUGUGGCCACAUCCCUCGCAAGCCCCCCACAGCCCCAAGCUCCAAGAAACAGACAGAGCCCCUCCAGGAAAACCUCAAGGUCGGUCAGCUGGAGCGAGGCAACCUCGAAGGUCAGGGACUGGCACCAGACGGUGGUGAGGUUCCUGUCCAUACAGGCAUCCAAACCAGGCCCAGCAGACUUGAAAGAACCCCAGGACUCUCUCCCUGAGGAGUACCACCCCCCACCACCCUUCGCCCCUGGGUACUGCUAGGUUUGCCCUAGCUCUGGGACCCUCACUGCUGGGGGCUGUUCACGCCUGGGCCUCUUGCUUUCUGCCGCAACCCACUAGCCCUCAGGGACCUGAGAAAUGUAAUAAAACAUUGCUUGGGUCUGGUCCUAUGAUUGCCA